UCUUCACUCCCACUUCUUGAUGCUGGGUGAGGAAACGGAAACUUCGUAAUCUGUGGUGCUUUACCCUUUAAUUUACUCACUGGAAGUCUCGGAAAGAAGAUAAGAGAGGAAUAAGCCCUCCAUCACCAGAUAACCCCCGAGAUAAGGUUCUAAACGUGAUGAGCUUCGGUGUGAGGUCCCUCUUGGUGCACGGCCGACAAAGCACCUCUCUUAUCAUCGGCCUAUGUGUGGGCAUCUCCCUCAGCCUCAUCCUCACCCCAUACCUAGAGGAGGACUGCUCUGGGGGCCUGUCUCAUGAAUUACUUGGCGGGGUGAGAGUUGGCAAUUUGCGGGACCUGAGAAGUAGCGGCCCGGCAGAGGAGGAAGACUAUGAACCGCGUAUUAUCCUCAAGAGCUACAGCAAGGAGGAACUAGCCAAGCCUGAGAAGCCCGAGAAGUUACUAAGACCCCGCUACUAUGCCACGGAACUGGGGAUCAGGGAGAAGCUACUGGUGGCGGUGGUGUCGAGCAAGGAGACGGCUAGUUCCUUUGGUGUUUCCAUAAACCGCACCUUGAGUCACUAUGUGGAUAAACUCAUCUUCUUCAUCGAUGGUUUUGGCACCAAGAAGAUGGGACUCAACAUUCCUAUCGUGGGGUUCAAGGAUGAGAAGCCACUGAUAAAGGUGUUCCGCAUCCUCUCCUAUCUCAACGAAAACUAUCUCAAUGAAUAUGACUAUUUCUUCCUGGUGUCUGAUCGCACGUAUGUUCAUGGGAGGCAGCUGGUGAGGAUGGUGCAGCGACUCAGCAUCAGCAGGGCAGUGCAUAUGGGCCACCUCCUGGACCACCCUGGUGCUCUCUACUGCUCCCUAGAUGCCGGCAUUGUGUUGAGUCACUCCGUGUUGCGCCGAGUGGCAGGACAGCUCAGCUGGUGCACCCGCAACACUUACUCUGACAGCGACACAGACAACCUGGGGCGCUGCAUCCUACAUGCUGUGGACCAGCCCUGUGUGUCUAGCCUGCAGGGCCAGCAUUACAACAGCUACAGACUCAGGGAGGACGUAGAAGUGGUGUCUCACUUGCAGCUGGUUGGGGGAAGCUCCCUCGUGCAGGAGUCCAUCACUGUCACCAAUGUACCUGAGGCCAGUGACAUGUUCUCCAUCCAUAUAUACUUCCUGCAGAAUGACCUGCGCCAUCUGAACCACACCAUCCUGGAGUACCGACGGGAGAUUGAAGCCACCAAGCCCAAUGCACCAGCCAUCAGGAGGGAGGAGACCUGGCCUGUGGGGUCUGUGCCGCCACACCACCCAGCCACCAGGUUUGAUGUGAUACAGUGGGACACCUUCAAUGCCACUCACUUCUUCCUGCCUGAUGAUUUCCACAACACUAAACCUCUCAUUGGUGUCGACUUGUUGGACAUCAUGAGUGUGGUGAAUGCCAGCGUGGCCCACAUGCACGCCAAGGCCAAGGGGCAGCUGGAGUACAAGGAGCUGGAGUAUGGACACCGGCGCACUGACCCAACCAGAGGGGUGGACUACAUCCUCUCACUGGUGUUCAGAGACAACACCUCAGGCCUUCGUGUUACCAGGAAGUUACAGGGCAGCAGGCUACUCACCGAACCAGAGAUCAUUCCAAUGCCGUACGUGACAGAGAACAACCGGCUCACCCUUGUGCUUCCCGUCGACCAGUCAGAGAUUGUCGAGGCCACACAGUUUGUUCAAAGGUAUGAGGCAGAGUGCAUGGUAAAGGGGGAACACACAUUCCUCAUGUUGGCGCUGCUCUACAAGCCCGGCGUCUCCUCUGCUGGUGAUGACAAGGAUGUUUUCAAGUCUCUGAAGGACCUGGCUCUGCAGUAUACCCAGGAACACCACGAGGCUGGCUCAAAAGUGGGCUGGUCCAUUGUGCACACCCUCGCCAGCCUCCCCUCAGAACUGGCCAUCGCUGACCUGGUGCUGAGGAAGAUGCAGGAAGACACGCUGGUGCUGGUGACACGCCAUUCAGCUCACAUCACCACCGACUUUCUCAACCGAGUCAGAAUGAACACUAUACUGAAUUGGCAGGUGUUCUCUCCAGUUCCCUUCACCCAGUACCACCCGGACACAGUGAGUGACACAGAGAGCUAUGCCAAGAUGGACGUCAACAAGAACAAUGGGAGAUUUGACGCCUAUAACUUUGACCAUAUCAGCUUCUACAUUGGUGACUUCUUGGCUGCGAGACGAGCAAUGGCCGAGAGCAUACCAAUCAUUCGCAACGAGAAGGAGCUUAGACUGGACCGGCCACAGGAGCAGGAGUUUGGGCUGUAUGGUCUGUUUGUGCGUGGGUCUGACCUUCAUGUGCUGAGGGCCCCCGAGGCAGGACUGAAGCUCGGGUACAGAGAGGUAGGUUGUGCCAAGAGAGCUGCCAACCAGAGUGAGCGCCUAAACGGUCUUUGUCGUCUGCAGGAGGGGCAGUCGUACGGUCUACGCAGUGAGCUGAGUAAGUUGGUGCUGGAUUAUAUUGAAGGUGGGCAGAAGGUGUAGUGGGGUUGUUGUUGGUAGUAUUGGUGUUGGCAGUGGUGCAAAUUGGGGUGUUAGUUGGUAAUUUUUUUGUAGGGAGUUCAUAUUUUGUUUUGUGUUUUUUUAUUUCAUUUUGUUUUUAAUUGUUGGUUCUUAUGUUUAUUUAUUAUAUAUCUCAUAUGGUUUAUUUAAGUUUUCUUUUAUUUAUUCUAUUCAUUUACCUUCCUGUGUUACUGUUAUAUAUAACUCCCCUUUCUUCUACAUAUUUCCUUCCAUUCAUGUCUAUUUCCACCUUCUCAUAUCCUUCCUGAAGUAAUGCGUCUCUCAUAUCUAUUUCUAGUCUCCAUAUUUUCCUACACUAUUUUCUGAAGCUGUACGUCUUACUUUACAUCACAAUUCACCAUGAUAGAUAUAGUCGUAUAUCUCUAUUUUUAUAUACACAAAGUUAGGACAAUGAACAAGGUGACAGUGACAACAAGCCUCCCUCCCCUGCUAUGCUGCUGGGGAGGUGUUCUUGUUACCUAGGGGAAGGUGUUGUUACUUGGUGUAUUUGAAGCUGCCAGAAAAGGUCACUGCAAUUAAGUCUUCCCUGUGCUGUGAUACACGAUUGUUUUGUGUUGUGGUUCAGUUGCUGCCACUCAAGACACUUAUGUGAGAAUAUAGAAGUUAACUGAUGUCUUCACUGUUAUUAUUAUUGUUGUUGUUUGUGAAAAUUGCAAAAAGUCCAAUAUACUCUU